AUGGCAAUCCCAGAACACCCACCAGCCCGCCCACAGCUAGGCUCCCCACACCCGUCCGAAAAAGUCCUCUCCCGCAUCUCCUCCUUCCACCAUCCCCGCCCCCGCCCCCGCCCCGACCUCAACCUCCCCCCGCUCCCACCCCGCAGCCCCCCCGCCGCCCUCCGCCAGGCCCACAAAGCCCACGUCCUGACCCAGCGCCGCGCAGCCAAAAAGAACAAGACAAUCACAGAGUUCACCCGCCGCGCGAUGCUACAAGCCCAAGGCAACGCCGAAACCCUCGCCCCCACAACCACCAUCGAAAGCCCCACCACCGAGCUCAUCACCGCCGCCGAGAUCCUCACCGAGAUCCUCCCGCACCCGCUUCCAUCCCGCCGGCGUGGCGCCUCAGGACUGCUCAGCAGUCCGCGCCCCGUGUUUGCGCUGUCGCCCGCGUACCGGGCGCGCGGGGCGGGGGCGGGGUCUCCGCUGAUGUAUCGCGAGGUUGUGAAGCGGCUGGUGAUGCUGCCGACGAAGGUGCAUGAUGGCGGGGGGCGGGGGGGGAGGGAGCGGGUGUUGGAUUGGGGGGUUGCGAGUCCGGGGGGGAAGAGGACGGGGAGUGUGAAGAAGGAGAUGGGCGUUGGGAAGAAAGAGGUGGAGUGGUAG